AUGGACACAGAAAAAGAUUAUCGGGUGAAAGUGAAGUCGAAAAAAAUAGUUGUCGAACAGCUGCAAAAGUAUCGAGAACUAAUGAAAAAAUUAUUAGAUGGCCAGUCGUCGAUUGCUGAGGACGUCAAGCAGGAAAUGCUCCAGGAGUUACUGCAGAACUUUGACAAAAGUGUGCAGGAUAACAUUGUGAUCAACGGAGAAUGUUGGGAGGAUGCUCCCAAUGAGGAUAAUGAGGCUGAAUGCAAAACAUUGGAUGAUUUUUUGGAUGAGAACAUUUUAGAAACAACCCUGAAACGCAGCAGCUACCCGAAAAAGAUUCUUCCUUAUGUUGUCCGCUCUUUGAAAGCCGAACGUGAACUAAUGGGUUUAUAUAAACCAACUGUGAAGCCACAAGAAAUGAAAAAAGAUCCGGUUCAAGAAACCAAAAUGACCAGCUUGUCGGAGGCCGCGCCCAGGAUGAUCCGACAAGCCAGCGCUGUCAUGAAGUCUCUUCAGGCCCUGCAGCAAAGCAUGGAGGGCCUCUGUAAGGUGCUGAGCAUGCACCCCACAGCACAGUCAUCGGAGAUUCACAGGGAAGUCUUCGGCCUGCCUCAGGGAGACCGCAUGCCACUUCCAGGCGAUACCAAGGGGAGCGGGCAGUCCCUGAAGAGAAGUGUUGUCGAGGCAGAACUGAAGAAUGCUUAUUCUCUGCCCCCAAAGAGACUGCCCACUGCAAGCAAGAGUAAGGACUCUGAAUGA